AUGUUCAGCCAGGACCCAGGGAACAACGGGGCCGCUCCAAAGGAGCCCUGCGACUUCGUUUCGGGAACACCGUCGGCGAAGAUAAAGAUCAGCCCCAGCCUCAGCUGGCCCGGCUUUGACCUAAGGAGUCUUCCUAUACAGAUAAAUUGCUCUUUCCAAAACCUCACGUGUGUCCUGUUUGUUGUUCUUCCUGCCCCAGGGAAAGAAAUCUGCUAUGCCCACCUUGGCUGCUUCUCCAAUGAAAAACCAUGGGCAGGGACCCUUCAGCGGCCUAUAAAUAUACUUCCCUCAUCUCCCGAGAGCAUUAACACUCGGUUUCUUCUGUACACAAAUGAAAAUCAGAACAACUACCAACUGAUCACUGCCACUGACCCAGCCACCAUCGAAGCUUCCAACUUCAACCUGGACCGCAAGACCCGCUUCAUUAUCCACGGCUUCAUAGACAGCGGAGAGAAGAACUGGCUGGCAGACAUGUGCAGGAGAAUGUUCCAAGUGGAGUCGGUGAACUGCAUCUGCGUGGACUGGUGGGCCGGGUCUCUGACCACAUACAGCCAAGCUGUUCAGAACGUUCGGGUCGUGGGCGCGGAGGUCGCUUACUUACUGCAAGUGCUGUCGACCGAGCUGAGGUACGACCCUGAGGACGCGCACGUUAUUGGCCACAGCUUGGGCGCGCACGCGGCGGCAGAGGCGGGCAGGAGGCUGGAGGGCCGCCUGGGCAGGAUCACAGGGCUGGAUCCAGCAGAGCCAUGUUUCCAGGACACGCCCGAGGAGGUUCGACUGGACCCAUCCGACGCCAUGUUUGUGGAUGUGAUUCACACAGAUAUUGCUCCCAUAAUUCCCUCUUUUGGUUUUGGAAUGAGCCAAACAGUGGGCCAUCUGGAUUUCUUUCCAAAUGGAGGAGAGGAAAUGCCUGGAUGUAACAAAAAUAUCCUUUCAACCAUCAUUGAUCUAAAUGGACUCUGGGAAGGAAUCAGCAAUGUUGUCGCUUGCAACCACCUACAGAGCUACAAGUAUUAUUCCAGCAGCAUCCUCAACCCUGAUGGCUUCCUGGGCUACCCCUGUGCCUCCUACCAGGAGUUCCAGGAGAACGGCUGUUUCCCUUGUCCAGCUGAAGGAUGCCCCACAAUGGGGCACUAUGCUGACCAGUUUCAGGGGAAAACCAGUGCUGUGGAACAAACCUACUUUCUGAACACAGGAGAUAGUGGUAACUUUACUCGUUGGAGGUAUAAGGUAUCAGUCACACUGUCUGGAGAAAAGAACCUGAAAGGGUACAUCAAGGUCUCUUUGUUUGGAAAAAAUGGAGACUCAAAACAAUAUGAGAUUUUCAAUGGCGCCCUUAAACCACAUGCCAGGCAUACACGUGACAUUGACGUAGACUUCAAUGUUGGAGAAAUCCACAAAGUUAAGUUCCUGUGGAACAACAAUGUGAUAAAUCUCUUCCGGCCCGAACUGGGAGCUUCCCAAAUCACAGUGCAGAGUGGUAAACAUGGGACCGAGUAUAAUUUUUGCAGCAGCGACACUGUGCAAGAAGACGUCUUACAGUCUCUUUUCCCUUGUUAAAAGCACAGGGCAGCUUUUGUCUCUUGGUGGUAAUAAAUGGCUGAGUGUACUUGGUCUGAGGUUGAGGUG